CGGUAAGAUACCUAGGUACAGUAACCACGUGCCGAGGCAGCGAUUAUGAGAAGCCGGCACAACCUUAGGUGAACAUGUCCCCGCGCAUCCUUUGUACCGUGAGAUUCACGAACCGGAGACUGUAUUUCAAGAUGUCCGAGCCCUUUGCAGCGCUCCCCGCGGUCGAGAAGCUCAGCGACCGGGUGAUACGGGUCUUGGGCGGGAAUCCAUCGAAGUUCACGCUGCAAGGCACAAACACAUACAUAGUUGGCACAGGCUCCAGGCGCUUAUUGAUCGACACCGGCGAGGGCAGGGAAGCAUGGAUCGCCUCUCUCACGUCCACGCUCGCGCAGCACAACAUCACAAUCGACAAAGCGCUGCUCUCGCACUGGCAUCCAGACCACAUCCGGGGCGUCCCGGAUCUGCUGUCCCACAGCCCAGAAACACAGGUGUUCAAGAACCACUCCGACGGCAAUGAGGACUGGCGUGAUAUAUCCGAUGGCCAGGUAUUCUCCAUCGAGGGCGCGACACUACGAGCCUUCCACUGUCCGGGGCACACUACUGAUCAUAUCGCCUUUGUACUGGAGGAAGAAGACGCCAUGUUCACUGCCGACAAUGUUUUGGGCCAUGGCACGGCUGUCUACGAGGAUCUCGCAACGUACUUGAGGAGCCUGGAAGGAAUGCGCAAGCAGUUCUCCGGCCGUGCGUAUCCGGGCCACGGACCUGUUAUCGAGGACGGGCCGGCGAAGAUUAGUGAGUAUAUCAAGCAUCGGAGACAGCGAGAGCAGCAGGUUCUGGAUGUCCUUGGCAAGGAGGCGGCAGACGGGUGGACGAGUAUGGAGAUUGUGAAGGUUAUCUACAAAGAUUAUCCGCAGAAUCUCUGGGAGCCGGCGGAAAGAGGCGUCGUCCAGAUUCUGGAGAAGUUGAAGGGUGAAGGCAAAGUUGUGGAGAGUGAAGAGGGGAGAUGGUCACUCAGCGGGAAGGCGAGUUUGUAAGCUCUUAAAUCUGGGGCUGUGAGAACUUUGACAUGCAGAUUCUCGAGGGCUUGAUGGUAUGUUGAAAGUGGCUGGAGUGGAAUAAAGGGAGAUGCUCGUCGAGCUGCAAAGCGAGUCUUGCCGCGGCCAAUGAAAGCUGACGGCUCGUAGCGCCAUUGAAACGUCAAUGAGCUGCCCCACGUCUAUUUUUGAAUCUCAAAGGGGCGUUUCACUGACAUCCCCAUUCGGACCACAGCUUUGGAGGUCAGCAAUUUGGG